AGACAGAUCCACGCGGAGCACCGGCCCAGGUACCGCCAUGGACCAGGAGGGGAACCUGAAGAGGACGGCUAGAAACAGAGCGUGGUUACCGUAGUAACCGUUUCUCUUCUCUCCACCUCUGUGCCUGGUGAUGCUCGUGGCUCUCUUGCUCCUGGAUUCUACACUGACUGAGGUUGACACAGAAACAGGAGGAGACGUUUCCUCAUCAUUUCUCCUGCCUACCCUUAUCCUCCGACACUCUCCUUGUCAGCAGGACGGAACUCUUUUUCCCUUUCCUUAUCUUUUUCUCUGAGAUCGUUGGCUUCCACUUCCCUGGGAUUUCUACCGUUUUUUUGUAUUCCGCCAUGGCUCACGCAGCCUCCGCAUUGAAGAAGAACCGGGACGUGGAUGUCAAUGCUAUCGAGGAUGAGAAAGAAAAGAAAAGGAGAAUUAAGAAACUAGCGUCCCGGGAACAAAAGAGAAAGUCGGACAGCAAUGCCAGUUACCUGCGAGCAGCGCGGGCUGGGAACCUGGAGAAGGCCCUGGACUACCUCAAGUCUGGGGUAGAAAUCAACAUCUGCAACCAGAAUGGGUUGAAUGCUCUUCAUCUGGCCUCUAAGGAGGGUCAUGUAGAGGUGGUGGCUGAGCUGCUGAAGCUAGAAGCCAAUGUGGACGCGGCGACCAAGAAAGGAAACACCGCUCUUCACAUAGCCUCCCUGGCCGGCCAAACGGAAGUGGUGAAAGAGCUAGUGACCAAUGGAGCCAAUGUGAACGCACAGUCUCAAAAUGGCUUCACCCCGCUCUACAUGGCAGCCCAGGAGAACCAUAUUGAGGUGGUUCGCUUCCUCCUGGAACACAACUCCAGCCAGAGUAUGGCCACCGAGGACGGGUUCACCCCUCUGGCGGUGGCGCUGCAGCAGGGGCAUGACCAAGUGGUGUCUCUGCUCCUGGAGAAUGACACCAAGGGCAAGGUGCGUCUGCCCGCCCUGCACAUCGCCGCCCGCAAGGACGACACCAAGGCUGCAGCGUUACUUCUCCAGAACGACCGCAACGCAGAUGUGGAGUCCAAGAGCGGCUUCACUCCUCUCCACAUCGCUGCUCACUAUGGCAACAUCAACGUGGCCACGCUUCUGCUGAAUCGGGGGGGAGCUGUGGACUUCAUGGCCAGGAAUGACAUCACACCUCUCCAUGUGGCAUCUAAAAGAGGCAAUAGUAACAUGGUCAAACUGUUGUUGGACAGAGGAUCCAAAAUAGAUGCCAAGACUAAGGACGGACUGACACCUCUUCACUGUGGAGCGAGGAGCGGUCAUGAACAAGUGGUUGAGAUCCUGCUGGACCGCGGAGCCCCCAUUCUGUCCAAGACAAAGAACGGGCUGUCCCCCCUGCACAUGGCCACUCAGGGUGACCACAUCAACUGUGUCCAGCUCCUCCUUCAGAACGAUGUCCCCGUUGAUGAUGUCACCAACGACUACCUGACAGCGUUACACGUGGCCGCCCACUGUGGACACUACAAAGUGGCCAAGCUCAUAGUGGACAAAAAGGCCAACCCUAACGCUAAAGCACUGAACGGCUUCACCCCGCUUCACAUCGCCUGCAAGAAGAACCGCUCCAAAGUGAUGGAGCUGCUGCUGAAACACGGAGCAUCGAUCCAGGCUGUGACAGAGUCUGGACUCACUCCUAUUCACGUGGCCGCUUUCAUGGGACAUGAGAACAUUGUCAACUCACUGACGCAUCACGGAGCUUCGCCCAACACCACCAACGUGAGGGGGGAGACAGCGCUGCACAUGGCAGCCCGGGCAGGUCAGGCUGACGUGGUGCGAUACCUGCUGCAGAAUGGAGCGAAGGUGGAGACUAAGGCCAAGGACGACCAGACAGCGCUGCACAUCUCCAGCCGGCUGGGGAAGGCCGACAUCGUCCAGCAGCUGCUGCAGAGGGGGGCUUCUGCUAACGCUGCCACCACGUCAGGCUACACACCCCUCCACCUGGCUGCCCGCGAAGGUCACGAGGACGUAGCCGCCAUGCUGCUGGACCAGGGUGCAUCGCUGUCAGCCUCCACUAAGAAAGGGUUCAGUCCUCUUCACGUGGCAGCCAAGUAUGGGAAGAUGGAAGUGGCCAGCCUGCUUCUUCAGAAGAGAGCAGCUCCGGAUGCAGCUGGAAAGAGUGGGCUAACUCCACUGCAUGUAGCUGCUCACUACGAUAAUCAGAGAGUGGCUCUACUGCUUCUGGAUCAGGGAGCAUCUCCCCACGCUGCCGCCAAGAAUGGCUACACACCCCUCCACAUAGCUGCCAAGAAGAACCAGAUGGACAUCGGGACCACCCUACUGGAGUACGGGGCGGACACCAAUGCUGUGACCCGCCAGGGCAUCAGCCCUGUUCACCUGGCUGCACAGGAGGGCAGUGUGGACCUGGUCUCUCUGCUGCUCACCAAGAACGCCAGCGUCAACAUGGGCAACAAGAGUGGUCUCACACCUCUCCACUUAGCGGCGCAGGAGGACAAAGUCAACGUGGCGGAAGUCCUGCUCAACCAGGGGGCGGACGUCGUCCCCUCGACAAAGAUGGGAUACACUCCGCUGCAUGUGGCUUGUCACUAUGGCAACGUCAAGAUGGCGGACUUCCUCAUACAGAACCAGGCCAGAGUUGAUGACAAAACAAAGAACGGCUACACGCCCCUCCACCAGGCGGCACAGCAGGGCCACACCCACAUCAUCAACCUGCUGCUGCAGCACGGAGCCUCUGCCAAUCAGCUGACCGUGAACGGGAGCACAGCCUUGUCCAUCGCCUGUCGUCUUGGUUACAUCUCAGUGGUCGACACUCUCAGGCCAGUGACUGAUGAGAAUCUGACCUCUGUGACUGCGACAGAAAAACACAAAAUGAACAUCCCCGAGACCAUGAACGAGUUUCUGGACAUGUCUGACGAUGAAGCUAAGGCUAAUGCGCCGGAAAUUCUCAAUGACGACUGUAUUUCAGAUGUUGACGAAGGUGAGGAUGCAAUGACCGGCGACACUGACAAAUAUCUGCGGCCCCAGGACCUCAAGGAGCUGGGGGACGACUCUCUCCCGCAGGAGGGCUACAUGGGGUUCAGCAUUGGAGUCCGCUCAGCGAGCCUCCGCUCCUUCAGUUCGGAUAGGUCCAACACCCUCAACCGCAGCUCCUACGCGCGAGACAGCAUGAUGAUAGAGGAGAUCCUCGCCCCGACCAAGGACACGCACCUGGCUGUAACCCGGGACUACGAUGCAGAGUGUCUGAGGCGCUACAGCUGGACCCCAGACACAAUAGAUCACAGUAACACUGUGUCCAGUCCCAUUCACUCAGGCUUGUCCUCCCCGCUCCCUCAGUAUGACUCCAGAUUCCUGGUCAGCUUCAUGGUUGAUGCCCGUGGGGGUUCCAUGAGAGGAAGUCGAAGCAACGGCAUGCGUAUCAUCAUCCCGCCCCGGAAGUGCACGGCUCCCACCCGCAUCACCUGCCGCCUGGCCAAGAGGCACAAACUGGCCUACCCCCCACCCAUGGUGGAGGGAGAGGGCCUGGUCAGCCGCCUGGUGGAGGUCGGCCCCGCAGGAGCCCAGUUUCUGGGACCUGUGAUCGUGGAGAUUCCUCAUUUCGGCUCCAUGAGGGGAAAGGAGAGGGAACUGAUCGUGCUGAGGAGCGACAACGGUGACACAUGGAAGGAACACCAGUACGACUGCCAUCCAAGUGACAUCACAGACAUUCUCAACGGGAUGGACGAAGAACUGGACAGCAAUGCUGAGCUGGAGAAGAAGCGUAUCUGUCGAGUCAUCACCAGGGACUUCCCCCAGUACUUUGCGGUGGUGUCCAGGAUCAAGCAGGAGAGUAACCACAUGGGUCCAGAGGGCGGGACUCUGACCAGCCUGACUGUGCCCAUGGUCCAGGCCUCCUUCCCACAGGGGGCGCUCACCAAAAAGAUACGCGUUGGCCUGCAGGCUCAGCCCGUCCCAGAUGACAUGGUGAGGAAUCUCCUCGGCAACAGGGCCACCUUCAGCCCUAUCGUUACUGUGGAGCCCAGGAGGAGGAAGUUCCACAAGCCCAUUACCAUGACGAUCCCUGUACCGCCCCGAUCGGCAGAGGGCCACCCCAGUGGACCCAGGGGAGACUCCACCCCCUGCCUGCGCCUCCUCUGCAGCAUCACAGGUGGAACAUCUCCUGCCCAGUGGGAGGACAUAACAGGAACUACUCCGCUGUCCUUCGUCACAGACUGUGUUUCCUUCACCACAAACGUGUCGGCCAGGUUCUGGCUUGCAGACUGCCACCAGAUUCCUGAGACGGUCAGUCUGGCCUCUCAGCUAUACCGGGAGCUGAUCUGUGUGCCGUAUCUGGCCAAGUUUGUGGUGUUUGCCAAGAUGAACGAUCCUGUGGAGUCACGCCUCCGCUGCUUCUGCAUGACGGACGACAAGGUGGACAAGACUCUGGAACAACAGGAGAACUUUGAAGAGGUGGCCAGGAGUAAAGACAUUGAGGUCUUGGAGGGCAAGCCUAUCCAUGUGGAUUGCUACGGCAAUUUAUCUCCUCUUACCAAGAGUGGGCAGCAGCUGAUCUUCAACUUCUUCUCUUUCAAAGAGAACCGGCUUCCUUUCAAUGUGAAGGUCAGAGACAUGGGCCAAGAACCAUGUGGUCGACUCUCAUUUUUGAAAGAGCCGAAAACCACUAAAGGUCUUCCACAGACAGCCAUAUGCAAUUUGAAUAUCACACUGCCAACUCAUAAGAAGGACAUGAUGGAGUCUGAUCCUGAUGAUGAGACUGAAAAACCAGACCGACGUCAUACCUUUGCCUCCUUAGCUUUGCGUAAGCGCUACAGCUAUCUGACCGACCCUGCAGCGAGUCCUCAGAGUCCCUGUGAGCGAACAGACCUGCGGAUGGCCAUCGUGGCUGACCACCUGGGACUUAGCUGGACUGAGCUAGCUCGGGAAAUGGACUUUUCUGUCGACGAGAUCAACCACAUCCGAGUGGAGAACCCCAACUCCCUGACAGCGCAGAGCUUCAUGCUACUAAAGAAAUGGGUCAGCCGGGACGGUAAAAACGCAACGACGGAUGCCUUAACUGGAGUGCUGACCAAAGUCAAUCGGAUGGAUAUUGUGACUUUACUGGAGGGGCCGAUAUUUGACUAUGGUAACAUUUCAGGCACGAGAAGUUUUGCCGAUGAUAACGCUGUUUACCUGGAUCAGGCUGAUGAUUAUCACAGCAUCCUAGCGGAGCUGCAAUCCCCAGUCCAACUGCACUCUGACCCUCCCUUCACGGAGCUCCACUCUGAACCCCCUACCCUCACCAUCGACCCCACCCCUGUCCAGCUCCACCCACACCCCCCUACCCUCAUCCUCACCCAGUCUGAGCCCUGGACUGGCCACAUGGAGCCUAGUGUGGAGCCUGACACCUCCACUAGAACCCACCUUAGGCCCUGGGAGCUGUCCCUGUCCAUUCACACCCUUCACUUAGAUCCCACCGCUGCCACCAACACAGGAAUGGCUGAAGGUGACCAGGUGCUGAUGGUACAAGUGGAAGAAGAGAAAAAGGAAGUGGACAUAAGCCUCCAACAGCAGGAGGACAGCAGACAGACAGGGGCAUCAGCGGUGGAGGCUGAGGGGGAGGCUGAGGACGUCGUACAGGGAGGUGGUGAGGAAGGGGUAGAGGUGGGUGAGAUGGCAGAAGAGGGGGAUAAAGUGGUAGAAGCAAAGAUCGGGGCUAAGGUAGCGGAAGAGGGGACUAAGGUGAGGGUGGAGGGGGGUAAGGUGGGGGUGGAGGGGGGUAAGGCAGUAGAGAAUGGGGCUGAGGUGGUGGAAGAAGGGGGUGCAUAUCUCUCCCCCAGGCCUGGGCUGAGGCAUUGGGGGAGCAGGGUGUGUCUGGUUCCACCGAGGAAGAGGAUGGAGACGAAGACGAGAAGACAGAAGAUAAGUUAA